AUGAUGCGACCUUGGUUGCUUACCCUGUUGUUAGCUGCGCAAAGCAGUGCGGUGGUCCGUUUCCACUGCUCUCAGUUGGUGGUUGAAAGGCUCGACCCUCUGGUCAACCCAGGCUCCAUCCCCUCGAGCCAUGUUCAUCAAAUCGUCGGCGGGAAUGCCUUCAAUGCGACAAUGGACCCUAGCAGGGACCUACCCGCAGAGUCGAGUUGCACAACCUGUCAGUUCGCCGAUGACUUCUCCAACUACUGGACAGCGGUCCUCUACUUUCGGGCACAAAACGGCAGCUACAAACGGGUCCCCCAGCUAGGCAAUAACCAGUUCGAGACGGCUCGGGGCGGCCUCACCAUCUACUACAUGCAAGAUGCCAUCUACGACCAGGCCCAAAAAUCCAAAGUCAAGGCCUUCCAGCCGGGCUUCCGCAUGUUCGUCGGCGACAUCAACGCGCGCAACCUCACCGCAGCCAGCCACUUCCGCCAGCUGACCUACGUGUGCAUGGACACAUGGACAAGCCGGGCCCCAGAAACCAUGGCCUUCCCGACGCGCCCCUGCCCCGAGGGCAUCAUGACCUCGCUGCGCUUCCCGACCUGCUGGGACGGCAAGAACCUCGACAGCCCCGACCACCGCGCCCACAUGAGCUACCCGGCGUCGGGCACCUUCGAGAGCGGCGGGCCGUGCCCCGCGACGCAUCCCGUGCGCGUCGCGCAGGUCAUGUACGAGGUGGUAUGGGAUACGAAGCGGUUUGAGGGGCUGGAGUGGCCGGCUGAUGGGAGGAGCCCGUUCGUGUGGUCGUUUGGGGAUGUGACGGGGUACGCGACGCAUGGGGAUUAUGUGUUUGGGUGGAGGGGGGAUGCGUUGCAGAGGGUGUUGGAUGCGCCGUGUUGGUUUGAUACCAAUUGUGCGAAGGAGUCGAACUCUACGCUGCAGUCGAUCGAGGCCAUGAACAGCUGCUCGCAAGAGAGGGUCGUUGACGAGGAUAUUGAUGGAUGGCUGGACGAGCUUCCGGGGGGGUUCCAGGCAGACCAUGGCGAUGGUGAGAUGUAA